AUUUGAUCUGUUGUUGCCACACGUGGAAGUGAAAUGACUCCAGCAGAACUCUGGUUGCAACGGAUUCCACCAAUUUGACAACUGACUUGAAAAAGAACUCUAUAUUUCUGCCUACCUCAGAUGGGACAUCACCUCUUGCUGUGUGCACUGUAAUAAACGGCAAAGCAAACAGUUUUUUCAUCAUGGAUUGUCAAGAAAAUGAGUACCAGGACCAAUGGGGGCGCUGUGUCACCUGCCAACAAUGUGGCCCUGGACAGGAGCUCUCUAAGGAUUGUGGUUAUGGAGAAGGUGGAGAUGCGUACUGCAUAGCCUGCCCUCCCCGAAAGUAUAAAAGCACUUGGGGACAUCACAGAUGUCAGACAUGCAUCACUUGUGCUGUCAUCAAUCGGGUCCAGAAGGCCAACUGCACAAAUACCUCUAAUGCUAUCUGUGGAGACUGUCUGCCCAGGUUCUACCGGAAGACACGCAUUGGGGGUCUUCAGGAACAAGAAUGCAUCCCAUGUACAAAGCAGACUCCUUCUUCUGAGGUUCAGUGUACCUUCCAGUUGAGCUUAGUGAAGGUAGAUGCACACACUGUUCCCACUAAGGAAGCCACACUUGUUGCACUGGUGGGAAGUCUGCUAGUGGUAUUUGCCCUGGCCAUCCUUGGACUCUUCUUCCUCUAUUGCAAGCAGAUCUUCAACAGACAUUGUCAAUGUGUUGCAGGAGGUUCGUUGCAAUAUGAGGCUGAAAAAGCAGUGGAGGAGGAUUCUCUUUUCCCCGUGCCACCUGACCAGGAGACAAGUCCUGAAUUUCCAAUGAAUGAGAGCAUCUUUGAGAUCAAGCCACUUAACUCCAUCCUAGAUGAUGACUGCAGCUCCACUCGCGGCUUCCCCACCCAGGAGUCCUUUACCAUGGCCUCCUGUGCCUCAGAGAGCCAUUCUCAAUGGGUCCAUACCCCCAUUGAAUGCACAGAGUUGGACCUGCAAAAGUUUUCCAGCUCUGUGCCCUCUACUGGUGCUGAAACCUUGAGAGAGAACACAGCUGAACACUCAGGAGACAGGCUGGAGCUCUAUGUACCUUUUGAAGUUCCCAGCCUUUAACUCUACCAAGGUAGGGCUUAAGGACCUAAAGGUGCAGACUACCCUCACAAAACUUCCAACCUAGGUUCUGUUGUUCCGUAGGGUUUGGAUGGAAGAAUAUCAAGAAACCAGGACUGAUAGAGGUUGGAGAGGCACUAAAGUUUUGAGCUAAGUUUACAUUGGACUUCUAGGACAACAAUGGUCCAGAGACCAGGCAGGUUGACAUGAGGCUAAUUUCUUCAUCCGGACUCUUCUAUCAAUCAGCAGUAUUCAGUUUUCUCCUUUUGUGCGUAUAAGCAGCACAACACUGUAGAGAUAUGCAGCUCCAUAUUCAGAGAAAUACCAGUUCGUGAAUAGAUUUAUACACUUGUGCACAUCAUUUUACUUCUUUUAGACACCGAGCCUUCAGCUCAUAAGUUUUUUGGGAAUGCAUGAAAGCAUAUGCAAGUGUCCUCUAUAGUGUCUGAAUGGUAGGCCCUUUUUUCCGUUCCCUGUGCUCACUCAGUCAAAAAUUAGGAAUUCCUCUUAUAUUGGCUACAUAUCAUUCUGAACUUCAUAACUUCAACUCUCUGUUGUAGGCAAAUAAAUAACAUUUUAAACAAGCAGGAAUUGAGCAUCAGAGGUGAAAAAUGAUUUGCUUAAAAUCACAGAACAACCCAAUCUCAGAAAUAGACUAGAACCCAGGAUUAGCAUUCCCAUUAUAGAUAAUUCAUUCAACACCAUCACUAAAUUUGAAAUAUAUAUGUAUGUAUCUUAACCUAUGUCUCAUAUACAUAUGUGUACGUGUGUAUGUAUACACAUACA